AUGUCCGCCGCGCGCGCCGCGCCCGCGGUCGCCGCGCGCGCGCGCACGAGCGAACGCGCGUCGUCCGCGCGCGCGGUCCGACGGCCGAGCGUCGUCGAUCGACGCCGAAGCGGACGAUCGCGCGCGAACGACGCCGCCGCGACGUCGCCGUCGUCGGUGGCGGAGAACGAAGGGUCGGGGGACUCGGCGUGGGUGAGAAACGCACCGACGGUGGUCACGUACACGUUUAACGGUGAAAACGGCGAGGAGUGCGAGACGACGUGGGAAGACGGGUCGCAGGCGAAGUGCGUCGAGGGCGGGCCCGCGAAGCUCGUCGAGGAGGAGUUCCCGCGGAGUGAGGUGGAGCGUUUGCAGAAAAAGACGCUGAUCGGGAUGUUCAUUUCGUACUCUUCGGCGUACUUCGUUCGUAAACCGCUCAGCGUGGUGAAGGCGCCGGUGAAGGAGGCGCUCGGGCUCACGACUGGGACCAUGGGACUCAUCGAUUCUGCGUUCUUGCUGACGUACGCGCUCGGGCAGUUUUUCAUGCCGAGCUUGGGAGAUAAGAUCGGGCCGAAGGCUGUGAUCGUGGGUGGCGGUAUUAUCUCGUUCCUGUGCUGCGUCGCGUUCGGGUACUCCACAGUUCCCGUCGUUCUCAUGGGACUAUGGGCUGUGAACGGGCUCGCGCAAGCAGCGGCGUAUCCUCUGCACGUCAAGGUGUUGAACCCGUGGUUUACCUCGAAAGAACGAGGAACUGCGAUGGGAAUUUGGGCCACGAGUCAGCAGGUGGGUGCCACCUUGGCCACCUUCUCUGCGGCGUUUCUUUUGAAUAAGGUUGGCUGGAAGCUGUCCAUCGCCUUGCCAGCGUCCUUCGCCUUGGUCACCGCCGCCUUGGUCGCGGUAAUGCAACUCGACCCGCCGUGGCUGCAAACGACGACGUAUUCUUCCGAAGCGCUCCAAAAGACGAAAAAGCGCGCUGAUAUCGAACCGGCGUCCAAACAAGUAGGUUUUAUGGAAAUACUGGCCAUUCCACGUCUGAAGAUGCUGAUGUUGUCCUACUUCUUCGUCAAGAUUGUGCGAUACUGUCUAUUGUUCUGGCUGCCAUUUUACUUAUCGAGCGAGUACAAUAUGCCCGUCGCGAUCGCUGGGUAUCUUUCUUGCAUUUACGAUAUCGGUGGAGUCUUAGGUGGCUUGGCAUGCGGCAUUAUCGGGGACAAAUAUUUUGAGAGGAGACGCACCAUGCUCGGGGCGUUAUCGUGCGCCGGAUUGUGCUUUGCCAUUGCCGGCUACCAGACGGCGUGUGGCAUGGGCAUGCUCGCGAACGCCGUUGUCAUGGGUUUCAUCGGUUUCUUAGUCGCUGGUCCCGACGCCAUGCUCGGCUCCACAGCGGUUUCGGACUGCUGCGAGCAGGCAGGUUACGGACAAGAAGUGCUCGGCACGGCUGCGGGCAUCGUGAAUGGUAUGGGUUCUCUGGGUGCCGUGCUUCAGGGUGCACUGACGGCGAUGAUCGCCGAAACUUACGGAUGGGGUGCACUUUUUGUCACCCUCGCGGUUCUCAGCGCACUCUCCGUCGUCACUAUGCUCGCGGCUACGAAUCCAAAGUUUGUUGACACCGACGAAUUGGGAGGCAAUAAUGCUCCGGGUCAACUCGUCGUUGCGUAA